UAUUUUACCGGACUUCUCAACUUUCGAUCCUUUCGUUCUGGUUCCGCAAAGAAAAGUUUUCGACGUUUCGCGUAUCACGUGCUGUUCUUGUUCUGCAAAAUCAGAAUCAGAUAAGUGGCGGAGGAACAUUCCAUCGAAUAAAAGCGAAUAUGCUUUGAUUAUGCCAACGGUUUAUGUUCUUCGCGGUUCUUUCAUACACGAGUUUCGUUUGCAUAUCAAAUCAGGCUUCCAAUUAUGGCGUGAUCGCUCUCUGAUCAAUGGAGUCUUCAGGUCGUUCAUUACUCAAAAUCCAUAUUGUUGUUAGCUUCUUUCUUUGCAUUGAAUUGGCUCACUGCUUCUACAUUGAUUAGGUCGGUGGUUUAUCUAUCUGGGUUUCGUUUAAUAAUUGAUUAAUUGAACUGAUUGAUUCCGCUUGUUCAUGAGAUCGUAGUCUUGAAAUUUUGUGAUCUGGGUUAGUUGUGUGUAUAGCUUGCUUUUCUCUUUAUUUCUAGGAGUUCUGGAGAUAUAUGAUUGGGGAUCAUUGAGCUAAAACAUUGUACGUACAAUUUUAUGGGGGAGCUUGUACAGGUUGUUAUGUGAUGACCAAAGAUUUUGAAGUUUUGAUUAGGGUGAUCUGAGGAAUCACAGUUUUUGGACGAUGAACGCUGUGGGGAUACUAGGUAGCUACAUUUCGAAGGGCGUUUAUACCGUUGCUGCGCCAUUUCAUCCGUUUGGCGGAGCUGUGGACAUUGUUGUAGUUGAACAGCAGGAUGGUAGUUUUAAAUCAUCGCCUUGGUAUGUACGGUUUGGGAAAUUUCAAGGUGUUUUGAAGGCAAGGGAGAAGCUGGUCAAUAUAAUUGUAAAUGGGGUUGAAGCUAAUUUUGCGAUGUGUUUGGAUCAUAAUGGAGAAGCUUAUUUUUUGAGGGAAGUUGAUGUUGAAGGAGAAUCUGGACCUUAUCCUGAGGGGAAAUUGCUGCAUGAACUGAAUGGUGGGAGGAUCAUCAGUUCACAAAGUUGCAAAUAUGAUGCUAGGAGUUCGAUUGAUGGGAUUGAAACGAGUAAGGAUAAUGGGAAGAUCCUGAUGAAGACUAGCUCUCGACAACGGAUACUCGGAUUUGUUUGGGGUCGUAGUAAAACAGUUAAAGAAGAUCAUCGUGAGGAUACAUCUAUUGCAAGGAUAAACUCACUGGAGCGUGCUGAGAUUGCAGCUGAUCUUUUAGAGGUUAGGUGGUCUACCAAUCUAAGCAAACAAAAGCUUGAGAAAUCAGAUUCUUCCAAGUUUACUUCCAUUGAUACUUCAAACAACAAAGAUGAAGAAAAGUUGAAGAGAAACGAUGGGAACAACCACGUCGCAUCAGCAGUCGAAGGUAUCAUGGGAAAUAAUCUCAAGAAAGACUGUGAUACCUGCAGAGAGCACAUAACCAACGGCUCUCAAUUACCAUUGGAAGACGUAGAGCUUAGAGAAAUAUCAAGUUUAAAUUCCAAGGAUGGAGUGGUCGAAACUUCCAUUAUCGGGGAAAAGGCUUUCGACGAGACAUAUGAAGUGAAAUCUGCAGCAAUAGAUACUGAAAAGAAUUCCAAAUCCCAAAUUUCAUCGUCAAAGAACCGUGAUUCAUAUAACGGACACAGGGAGAACUUUAUACGAGAGCGCUUAUCUGAUGAAACAAAUAUUGUUUCACAAGUAUUCAGUGUUUCUGAAGACAACAGUGAACCUGAUGCAGUCCGAUCCUCAAUGUUCUAUGAAACUUCCAAGAGCUUAAUGUCGACAUUGGAUGAUUCAGUGGUAGUGACUCAUAAAUUCUCCCACCUGGCCAACGGAGGAUCCGGGAUCGCUGGAGUCCAUACUGAGGGAUUGCAUGUGACAACUGAAGUUCAUCCGGAGGAUACACAUUCUAGCAUGGUAGCAGAAGAUUUUGAGAUAAAGAUUGAAAAAGUUGAAGUCCUUAUGAACUAUUCUCAACAAGUAGAUCAUUGUAAUACUUCUGUCUAUGAAGUAAACACAAUGGACCAAGGAAAGUCACUGACACUCGAAGCUGCCUAUUCUCAAAUAGUCUCCACAGAAGAAAGGCCUGGUUCAGUUAAAGAAUUGAAGUCUGAUAACAUAGUUUCAAGUUUCACCUCGGACUUUCAAGAUGACGAAAGUGUGGAUGGAAGUGUCACAAGCAAGUUCCAAAAUUCUUUGAAUUCUAUUGAUAAUAGAGUCAUAACAAAGGAAAGCCAUAUAAUUCCAUCAUCAAAUUCAGAUGAUGAAGAAUUCCUUUUCAGUAAUUUUGAUGUUUCAGAAACCGAGGUAAAUGGGAAUGUAGGGUCAGACAGCCACCAUUACAGUGAUAAAGAAGAGUAUCCAUUAGUAUAUCCAAGUAGCACUGAUGAAGAGGAUAGAUUUGUAACUAAAAGUUUUGAGACAUGCACUUCUAUUGAUAGUCACGAGAUCUUCAGUCAGGGGAUCGCAAGUCCCAUCACGAUUCCUCAAAGCCACGCAAUUUCUAAUACAGAAGUUGACCGUCUGGCAGCAUCAUUACCCAAUAUGCAGGCCGAUAUUAAUAAUCCAAUUGCCUCUGAGAUCAAUCAUCCUCUAAGCCACUCUGUAGACUCAAAUUCCAAACCAUUAAAGUGGAUGGAAUUGUGUAAAGAUGGUUCAAGCUCCAAGCUUGGUGGAGAUGGAGAAGAGAAAGCGGCAGAGGAAUGCUCAAAAACCAAAGAAUCCUUGGCUUCAGAAGAACAAAGUCUUCUUCCGAAUUCUACAGUGGGUAGUUCAGCAGAAGCAACGGCUGUCCCAGUUGGAAACUGGAAACUUUGGCCUUUCUCUUUCAAAAGAUCUAGUUCUGGAAAAGUAACUCCAUCAGCUGUUGAUGGUUACACAGAUUUUGAUACUAAGAAGGGUUCAGAUAGGAACAUAGGCGUGGAUGGAGAAGCGAGCAUCUUUAAGCGCAAAGUGGAGAAAAAGAUGGUUAGAUUCAUCUCGCCAACAUCUAAGCAGCUGGCAUCCUUAAAUCUCAAGGAAGGGGGAAACACGGUAACUUUCACAUUCUACACUGCAGUGCUGGGGAAACAGGAGGUUGAUGCCAGGAUUUAUUUGUGGAAAUCGAAUACUCGCGUAGUGAUAUCAGAUGUGGAUGGAACAAUAACAAAAUCUGAUGUUCUAGGUCAAUUCAUGCCCUUUGUUGGAAUGGAUUGGUCACAAACAGGCGUCACAAAUUUAUUUUCUGCUAUUAAGGAAAAUGGAUACCAGUUGCUUUUUCUUAGUGCACGAUCAAUAUCUCAGGCCUAUCACACCCGCCAAUUUCUUUUCAACCUUAAGCAGGAUGGGAAGGCUUUGCCAGAGGGGCCUGUUGUCAUCUCCCCUGAUGGCCUUUUCCCUUCACUAUAUCGAGAAGUUAUUCGGCGGGCUCCUCACGAGUUCAAGAUUGCCUGCUUGGAGAGAAUCAGAGAACUAUUUCCUCCGGAUUGCAAUCCAUUUUAUGCUGGGUUUGGAAACAGGGAAACGGAUGAAUUCAGCUACCUUAAAGUUGGAAUUCCAAAGGGGAAAAUCUUCAUUAUUAAUCCCAAGGGGGAGGUUGCUGUAAACCGUCGCGUCGACACAAAAUCUUACGCUUCGCUUCACACUCUCGUCAAUGGCAUGUUUCCACCCAUUACCUCGUCCGAGCAGGAGGACUUCAAUUCAUGGAAUUACUGGAAAUUACCACCUCCCUUGAUAGAUUUUUAAUGUUGCCUCUCUGAAAUAUUCUCGUUUAAGUUGGAGAUCCUUGAAUAUGGGCUUUACCUGUGCUGGGUGAUUUCCCUUGCAAAAUUCAUUGGUAGAGAUUAUUAAAACUUCUGGAUCAGUAGCUUUGAUCCAACCAGUUGGUUCGCACCAAAAUUCAUGAGCAGAAUCAGUUCAUAUUUCAUGCU